CCGCGAAGGAAAUGGCGUUUCUCUGUUCGUCUCUUCCAAGUUCAUCCUCCAUCGCCAUUUUCAACGAGUCAACCACGGAUGGAUCAUCGCGCUCGUCUCUUUCGAUUCCUUCCUUGAGGUUCCGGUUCCGGUUCCGUCCUGCCGCUUCACACAUUUGUGCUCCGGCGAUCGACAAGUCGACGUUCGUCGUAUCCGAAACGGUGUCAGAAGAUGAGCUCUGGGCUGCAGCUUGUCUUCGCGUACGGACCUUCAACGAGUUCAAUCCUUCUGCUUACAAUAUCCAAGAUCAUAGAAGAUACUUGGCAGAGCGUGAGUUCGAGGCGCUGAAAGAGAGAACUUCAGGAAAGAGGGAAGGGUUUACUCGGGUGGCCUGCAUAAAUGCUACUCUUCCAUUGUCGCAACUAUCAAGCUCUUCUGAGGAUUUAUGCUCUGCAUGUAAGUUCUCUGACGGCAUAGAAGAUAGAGUUGUGGUGGGGAGUCUUGAUCUUAACCAAUGCCGUUGGCUUCCUGAUGAAAUUGCUGGAACAAAACCAGAGGGAAUUGGUGUGGAUUUUUCGAGGGCAUACAUAAGCAACGUCUGUGUUGCGAAAGAGCUGCAUCGCAAUGGAGUUGGUUACAAACUCAUUGAAAAGUCUAAGGAAGUUGGUAGAGAAUGGGGCAUAACGGAUAUGUACGUGCAUGUGACCGUGGACAAUGAAGCAGCGAAGAGGCUAUAUAUGAAAAGUGGGUUCGAGCAGGAAACGUCGGAGCCAGCAUGGCAAGCUCGAUACCUCAACAGGCCACAACGGCUCCUCCUCUGGCUCGGCCUCUCUACUUCCUCAAUCAUGUCCAUGUAAUUGUAAAUUCUUGUCAUUUAUCCAAAUUGUAUACACAUUAUUCUUGGUCAUCAAGAAAAGCUUUGUAUACAUAAACUCAAUCAUGACCAUGUGAUUGUAAAUCUUUCCUAUCGUAGUUAAUUCAUUAGCCAAAUGUAAUUACAAAAAUGUGACAUUUUCUAUCUUA